AUGAAGGGAGGGCCCUCCAAGACGGACCCGAGCAAUCCGUCCUCCUUCGGUUCGCCGGUGACAGCCGCUGCUCCAGAGGUGGUGUUGUUACCGCCUACGGGGACCAUAGAGUCGUUGUCACUGUUCCAAGACGUGCCUGUGUCGGAGUGGCGGACCCUGUUCAUUCGAUUUUUGUACGUGGGAACUGGAGAAUUAUACAAUUGGCGCCUGCGUGUAUCGAUGAAUUCGUCAACCAUUAUUGAAAUGAAUAGUUUACUGAAAGAGUCUCAUGUAGAGCGCAUUAGGAUGACACUGUUUCACUGGAAAUCUGAAUAUGUCGCAAACAUGCCUUGUGCUGUUUUAGAUGACUUAGAUAGUUUGUGUUUGUAUGAUUGGGCGUCGUGUGUACAUAACCACCUAGUUCAAAGCUUAAAUAACUCAAAGAACAAGAUUAUGUCCGCACGAAUGAAGAAGUCCCUCAAUCUUAGUGGGAACGUGGCUGUGUUACAGUUACAUCUUGAUUGGUAUGUAAGUCGAACGGAUCGUCACAAUGAUGAACUUCGAAUUGCAUUGGGAAUGGAUGACAUUGGGUUGUCCAAAGGUGAAGAAUCAAAGGGUGAAGCAUCGAGGAUUGAGGAAUCAGAUGAUGAAAGCACCGACACUGCUACGUGGCUGCAAGAUGCUGUUGCGAUUUUGAAGAAGACGAACUCUGAAAUAGCGUCAUUGCAUGGCCACAUUUCAAGGCUGACGAAGGAGUUAAUGGACCUUCGUGAAUUUCCAAUGCAAAACGAAGAAGCUACAUUUGGUGAUCCUGGAGAAGGAGUUGGUGGAGGUGACGAAGAUGUCGGGUUUGGAGAUGAUGACCAUCCUUUAGGGGAUGAAGAACCAGCAGCUGGGGAUGAAGAAGCAGCAGGUACACAUAACGAAGGUGGAACCUCCGAGCAUCGUCCUGAUUAUAUAGAUGUUGUUGAUGAAGAAGACGAUGUUCCUAAAGGAUUGGUACCGCUGGUAGUUGCCCCUCUCCGUAGUUAUGCUGGUUAUCCUAGUGCCUCCGAUGUCGACGUUGACCGAUUAGUUGUGUGUGAGAUAAUGUGGGCGUUCUUGGACACAAAUUUUAUGCGGACUUUAGCACCGCGUAAAUAUGUUGAUAACUUGGUGGUGUUAUUUGGUUCAACGAUGUUGUUGCAAAACCAGAGAAAGUUGACUGGUGUUGUGAAGAGGCUUAUUUUCAAUUCCAUAUAUGCGGGCCAUAUUCUCGCUGACUUUGGAAGACGACGUCCCGAAUAUCGAAACGAGUACUCCCUUAGUAGUUACACGUCGUAUAUGAGGUCUGAUAUAUUUGGUCUUGCAGACAUUCCAAAUGCUGACUUCUGGUGCUAUGCAGUCAAAAUUAGCACAUUAGAACUAUAUGUCAUUGACUCAAUGGGGAAGGGUGUAAGAAAUAGGAAACGAAUUGACAAUUUUGUGGGUGAAAACAUGGCCAAAUUCUUUUCCAUGUUGUACAAUAAACCGGAUGGGAGUAUAGGUCCUCUGUCCGUCAAACAAGCAAAUAUCCCAUCCCAACCAAACUUAUAUGAUUGUGGAGUUAUCACGUUAAAAGCCAUGAAAAUGUGGGAUGGAGAGGAUAGAUACAAUGGGAAAAGCAUACCCGACUACACAAAUGAGAAGUUGAGUCAAAUAAGGAAGAACUAUGUCAAAUAUUGGAUCCUAGACAACGACAACAGUCGACUAUUUGAUGCCUUAGAUGAAUAUGGGUUGUUGUAG